AUGCGAUUCGCCACAUCUUGGCCUUCCUGCGCUGCUGGAGCUGAUUACGCGCUGAAGCUGGUUGUCGGCCAGGUUGAGCACAAUUGCCGCAUGCGCUUGCUGCUGCUUGGCGUCCCCAAAGUCCUCGUGACAAGAAGUCCAUCUGCAACAGGCAUGCCCAUAGAUGGUAGUUGGUCCCGUCAAAACGGGCAGGCUUAG